CUUCUCCCUGCAGUCAGUCUCACACUUCAUGGCAUGUGGUAGAGUGACCCAAACUGUUUCUUGACGUUAGACAGUUCUUCAGCUGUGUGCUGCCUGGUUGGAAUUUAGUGAGCUCCUAGAGCACUUCGUGCUGGAACACACACACAGCCUUGCGAUCUGUUUUUCCCUCCAACAUCAUUUUUUUUCAAUUGUAACCAAACCAGAAAAAGAAAACUAUUUAAAAACUGAGUGAAGAACAGAUAGGACAGUUUCUUCAGCUCGAAAAUAAUUUUUCCUCUAAUGUGAGCUGAUCAUGUUGCAGUGAGGACAAAGGGGCACCUGGGAUCUUAGUGAAUGACCAGACCGUGAGAUUUAACGAUUGAAGGAACAAACAGAUGAACAAUGGCAAAGGCUCUGGUGUAUAAGGAAGUGACAGAUUCUGCAUAGUCCUGGUCUUUGCCUUUUUAAUCCUCUAAUCUGAGGCAUAACUAAGACCAGUGACACUGCUGCCAAUGUGAGAAUCAUCUUCGAGUGUGACACCAAUACACUAAGAAAACAGGAGCUGCUGGCUAGGGAGAUGCUUCACUGAAGAGAAAACGAGAACAGUUUCCGAGCAUUUGGGUUUUUCUAUCGGUGGAGGACUAGCUCAGCCUGAGAAACCCAGCCCAGCAUGCCUGCAAAAACCCCCAUGUAUCUAAAGACAUCGACCCCCAAGCGGGGCAAGAAGCUGAGACUACGCGACGUUCUGUCUAGCGACAUGAUCAGUCCACCCCUGGGCGACUUCCGCCACAGUGCCCACAUCGGGCAGGGUGGUGAAGGUGACAUGUUCGGGGACAUCUCCUUUUUGCAGGGCAACUAUGACCUCCUUCCGAACCUCAACAGGCGGCCAACUUCUCAAAGCACGGGGCAAGGACUGGAUGGGAAGCGCAACUAUGAGCGUGCUUUUAACAAUGGAGCAGGGGGUUAUCCUACCCUCCUGAAGAACGCUGUUUCCCUUCCGGCGUUCAGUGGCGCGCACAAAGGCCAAGACCAGGAGCAAGCACCUCCAAAGCCUCCCAGACUCCACCUGGAAGAAGGCACAGGUCAGAGGUCACUGUCAGUCAGCUGUUCAACAGAAUGUUUCCACAGCACUGAAGAAAUGUUCACCAUCCCAACAUUCAGCAAAACAGUUGGAUCAUCAGUUUCCUUACUGGCAGAAUCAAACACUUCCUCUGAAUGCUCUGUCAUUGGCAUCGGGCAGCUGGAUGGGAAGAGAGCCUUAAUCUUCAACAGUGAGAUGUCCCUCAACAACGAGAAUCUUUUUCCUUCUGACUCCUACCUGAGUGGUUCUGAAUCCUCCCUUGGUUUGGACCUAGAUUUAGGGCCAUCAAUACUGGAUGAUGUUCUCAGAAUCAUGGAUGGAUACAAGAUCCAGUGAAAUAAAGAAAUCUAAUAAACUCUGUCCAAUUUACCAAUGGGGUGAGGUGCUGAAGAAAUGACAGUGACAUUCAGGAUGUACCAUUCUGUCCGUACAGAACUAUAUCAUUGGCUGGUGACACUUCAAGGGAAUCCUUACUUGAGCCUCAGCCUGAGAGCAAACAUUAGAAACUACUCCUUCUGUAUAAUCACAGAUUUAUCGCUCACUAAACUGGAACUUCAUCCACAUGUUGGUGUAAGGAAGUUAACUGGACACAGAAAACAAACUAUUACCUGUUCUCCUUUAACUUUAUUAAGCUCCCUUCAAUGCUGGGUGAUAUCAGAAUUAUAUACAACUCUGUGAGCUAUAAUUGCUAAACUAUUAUUUAAAAACCCUGUUAAACUCUUAACUUGCAACUUUAAAAAAAUAGUUAUUGUCUGCAUUCUCUGUGGAAUAGCACAAUAGUGUAGAGUUCAGAAAUACAUGCAAGAUAUUAUGAUGGAAAUGCCUCUGAAAUGAUGUUGAAUUAGUUAAGGUUUUUCAAUAAUCUGAUAGCAUAAUGGUCGCCGUUAUUAAUACCAGCUCUUUAUUCCAGAUUUUUAAAGCUCAAUAAAGCUAGCAGAAAUUGGCUCCCAA